AUGAACAUAUUUCGAAAGAUUGAAACUCUAGAGCAGUUAGAGUUACCAGAGGACAUCGUAAAGCCAUUCGAAGAGUUGGAAGAUGAAAGUGAUAGUUACUCUGAUGAAUUAGAUGAUCUAAUACAAGAUGAUGAAGAUGAAGAAGAAGAAGAAAAUAAUAAUAAUAAUAAUGCUGCUGUUGUGAAUAGUAAAGAUAUAGAGAAAGAUAAUAGUCAAGAUAAUAAUAAUAAUAAUAAUGUUAAAAAACAAAAACCAGUGGCAGCUGCAUCGAAAUCUAAAAAAGAUAAUAGUAAUAAUAAUAAUGUUAAAGUACCAAAAACAAAUAAUCCAAGUAAUGAUAAAGCAUCAGUAGUAUCAACGACAGCAUCAUCGGUAUCGACAGAGGUUGCCAAUAAAAAGAAGAAACCACCCAAUGCUUUUAUUUUGUUUUCACAACAGAAGCGAAAGGAGCUGAAGAAAGCAAACCCUCAGUUCUCCAACGCUCAUAUAUCAACACUACUAGGUCAAGAGUGGAUGGCACUUCAUCCAGCAGAGAAGAAGGGUUUCGCAGAGAAAGCUGCUAAAAUUAAAGAUGAACUACAAUCUUAA